AAGGAAACUGCUUCAGAAGGUGCCUUAAGACUGUGGAACAUGAUCGAAAGUAUUCCAAAAACCGAGAUGCAGGAAGAAGUUAUAACUGGUUUCGUGAUUUCUGUGUUAAGUCAAAAGGACAGCUUGAUACGCCGAGAGUUAAAUGCUCAUGCUAUCACCACACGUGCUCAGCUAUUUAGAAUCCUCGGUGGAGUAUCGCUGAAACGACGCAUUGAAGGCCCUGAUGUUCAAGAAUCAGAUCCUAAGCGAGCCCGGUGGAGCGAAAAUACCAGAUUUCCCGGCAAAUGUCAUUGGUGUGGAUUACCUGGUCAUCGAGUAGCAGACUGUAAAAAAAAAAGAGAAGACUGUGGAUCCAGCAGAUCUGCGCAGCAAAAUGCUACAAGUUCCGCGCACGUACUAGAGAGGGGACAAACUACGUGCUACGCUUGUGGCAAAGCUGGUCACCUCGCGACAACCUGUCCUGACAGGAAGAGCGGUGCAGUUUCAAGAAAAGAGGUCAAUAUCUGCGAGCAACGACUGUCGAGGGGCAUUUUGAGGACGUCAUCUGGACCGCAAUUAGAAUCGCCCGGGGACGGUCGCAAGUCAGUCCGGCCGUGACGGCGCAUUCGAAAUGUCAUAUGUUUUAUUACGCCGGAACUAGAUUGACAAGCUGCAGUGCUGUCGUCUGGCGGAGCGUCGUAGCGUUGGUUAGCGCGGCCAUGUUGGCAGCUUUACUUUUGUUACCGCAUCGCAAGCGCACCACGUACCGAGUCGACGAAUCGCUUUUGUUCCGCGUAAUCUUUUGAUAUCCAUUGUUAAUUGUUACUGAUUGUUAUAGUGAAAGUGAUAAUUUAAAUUAUAGUGAACUGAUUUUAAAUUAAACCAUAACUCUAAUUAUUUUGUGUAUUAAAGUGAUUAAAGAUCGAACUUGAA